AUGAGACUCUUUAUCUUUUCCCUCCUCGCCGCCACCGUCACCGCCAACAUGCAAACGGUUACCGUUCGGGGAACACUGAUAUGCAAUCGAGAACGAUGGGCAAAUGCGAAAAUCACCGGUGGGGAAAGUGAGGUGUCCAAAAUCGAGCCUUUCAUCCGCGUCACUCAUCACUGCAAGGCGAGACACGGCUGCUCCCGUGCCAGCGAAUACGAUGUCCCUCGUGAAUACAUCGACAACGGUGUCUAUGAUAUCUCCUAUUUGUCGCUUGAUCCUACCGUUCACAACGAGAAGGAGCACUGCAAC